AUGUCGCAGCCGUCGCAGCCAACGGCAGAGGAGGAAUUCUUGAGAUGGGUGGUGGACAUUGGAGCAUUGGGUUUACACCAAGUGAGUAUCACCUACCUCGAAAAAAACGGCGUCUUGGUACGAAGCCUCGUGGCUGCGAAGGAGGUCACAGAGCCCAUUUUGCUGCCGCGCAGUCUGCUGCUGAUGGCUGAGAAUGACAUGGAUUUAGCCUGGCGCCUGGCUCGAGAACGUUUCAGGAUGGACGAUGGCCAAGCGUCUUCCUUAGCGCCUUGGAUACGCAUCCUGCCAUCUGAAGAGAUGCUGAAAGAAUAUCAUGUGGCCUAUGCAUCCGACAACGUUCUAGAAACCUUCGCUGCGCUGCCGCUGACGUCCAGGGUGCAGCACUGGAAGCAGAGCGUGUGCGACGUUUGGCAGGACAGAAAAUCAGAAUUCAUGGAUGUCAGCUUCGACGCUUUCAAGUGGGCCGCAACCAUUUUGCAGACGCGAGUCUUCCGCCCUCCACCCAGCUUCUCUUUCAUGCCGGUGGCAGACAUGAUGAAUACCAGUCUGAUGCCCAAUAUGGAAGUUUAUGACAGUUUGGAAUUGGAAGAGGCCCCUGAAGACAUCACCAACAGCCCAGCCUCUGCCAGCAGCAACAUGGGCUACUAUGGCCUACUGCCAUUGCGCGAGAUCAUGCCAGGUGAAGAGUUGACGCAAGCCUACUGUGCCGUGGACAACUCCGAGCGUCUCUUCAGGUGUGGCUUCCUACUUCCAGGGAACCCCACAGCGGUGGAACCAUUGAGCCGCACAAGUGUGGAAGCCAUGUGUCGGCAGGCAGAAUCACUGGAAGGCCCACGUGACCUCUUGGAGUCUUUGCGUGCCUUGGCGUUGGAGCAUGCUGAAGCAGCAUGA